ACGGAACAACUUUGGUUGCUUGUAAAGGCUUAUUUUAACUUUCAGACGGGGUGGUCGUGGUUGGCUUUAGCCAACUAAGGGAAAGUUUUCUUGACGGUCCCUUUGUGGGCGAGUUCUGCUAAGGGGAGGGCUAUUGUGAGCGUCCUUGUCUUGCUACUGGCAGAGACUCCGGUGGGGCCGAGGGCGAACCGUGCUGCGGCUAGAUGGAUCGAGCCCCGAAUCAUGGCGCCUUCCAAGGUUCUCCUUCGCUCGACGGGGCGGACGCCAAAUUCUGUGGCGGAACUUGCAGCUCUCCUAGUAGCUGCUCGUCUGGCGAGGCCCGACUAGACACGACACAGCACCCCACUGCUGGUCCGGAGGAGCAGCGCGCCACCGAAGACCCGGAAGAAGUCACUGUCCCAUUUUCAAGUGAAUUGCCAUUUUGGCUCAUCAUACCGGGUUUCUUGCUUCUCCUGUGUGCUGCUGUCUGCCUGGUUCAAUACGGGCGCCACUGUUGUAGGCGAUUCAGGUGCUGGCUGAGACCCCUCUGGGUGUACCCAGUGUGGGCCCUACAGCAUAUGCAGAUCCUGCUCCAGAACUUCCGUGCUCGUCCUGUGGGUCCUCGCCGCUUCCCCCAGACUCCGCCUUACUGGGUGGAGCUGCUUCCCUAUAGUGCCGAGGACUCUUGUCACGCCACCGCCUCCCACUCCACACCAGGACAUUCACGUGCCCAGCCUGCCCAUCGAGAGACCGAGGGGAUCAUUUUGACUCCAGCUGCUCUGGAAGAUCCUGCAGUCCCUGGUCCCACUUCACAGCGUGCCUUGGAAACAGAGAACCCCCCUCGGGUCCAUCUCGUGAGUCCAGCUUCACCAUCCCUUGGAGCUGAGGCAGCUCAUAAUCCCGGAACCCAGCCCCAUGCUUGCGCAGAUCUUUGCAUUCCUUCCUACAGGGAUAACCCACUGCCCCAUGGUUUUGUGGAUCCCCUAGGUGCUUCUGCUUUGGACAAUCCACGGGCUGAGCAGGAGGGGCAUGGUGGUACUCCAAUGCACUCUGUCGCUCCCCCCACCGACCAGGGGGAUCUGCCACCCUGCAAGCCCCAGGGAACCCCUGGGCGUGGGCUUCUGCAUCAUGCCCUGGACAACCCACUUGUUCUGCGAGCACUUCCUGCCAAUGUUGCAGUCAGAAAGGGCGAGGGCUCCAUCAUGCUGCCGACGGUUCUUCAGGACACAGCUCCAGGGACUCCUGCCUGCAGUUCUCAGCCUGCCUUGGAAAUGGAGAACACCUCUCUGGCCCAUCUGAUCAGUUCAGCUUCACCGUCUUCUGGGCCUUGGGCAGCUCAUGGCUUAGGAGCUCGGCCUCGUAACUGGUCAAGGCGUGUUGCUGCAAGAAGCUCUCUUUCAACUCCCUUUUACAGUGAUGGCCCACCACCCUACAGGCGCAGGGACCCCCUAGGUCAUGCUGCCUCUGCCUUACCCCCUGCCUUGGACAAUCCACAGGCUGAGCUGGAAGGGUAUAGCCUUGGUCCGAGGUGCUCUGUCCCUCUCUUCUCUGACCGUGGGGAUUCACCACCUUGCAAUCCUGAGGGAGCUCAUGGCCCUGUGGUUCUGCCUUCUGCACGGGACAUCUUGCCUGUUGUGCGAUUCCGUGUGCCACGGGGUCGUCGGGACGGGAGGACUGUUUCUGGUCCCAUCUUAGAGCCUCCCUUGAAAACGGAAGACUUUCCUUAGUCUUGCAAGCUAUACUUAGAUAUACAUACUUAGAGAGCCUCCUAAUAAAGAUGCCAAAAACACCAGCUAAAGAACUCCAUACUAGAUAGCUGUAGCUCGAUUUUAGAAUUAAGAUAAUGAAACAACCCUAUAUUAUUGCUUUUAAGAGUGUUUUGGCUGAACUAGCUAGUUGUUGGGUUUUUUGUUUUGUUUUUUAAAAAAGGCAAAUAAAGUUAGACUACUUGCC